CUCGAGAUCAACGGCUGAAAGUCACCCGAUGACGACGAAACUCAGCAUCCCAUUCUCGCUCCGCCGAUGGCCACUAUCAAGCCCGAAAACCCGACCCGGACUUUGCAUAAUGUAUACUUCUUCUUCCUCCUCCUUGUCGGACUGUUUCUAUCUGUCCUUUCCUCCGCCCAAUUAAUAAUCUCACCCCCUUACAGUUUCCUCCAUCGCUUGAUUCCUUCUCUUUCUCCUGCGUCUCUCCCUAGGUUUUUCCUCUUUCAGUUCUGUUGACGAAAGCGCUGGGCUUUCCCCUUCGCCAGCUGGGUUGAAUUGAGGGACCGCGCCAUGUUUCUGAUCGAUUGGUUCUAUGGAGUUCUGGCUUCCCUUGGACUGUGGCAGAAGGAAGCGAAGAUCUUGUUCCUCGGUCUCGAUAAUGCCGGGAAGACGACUCUGCUUCACAUGUUGAAAGAUGAGAGGCUCGUUCAGCACCAGCCGACCCAAUACCCGACUUCUGAAGAGCUAAGCAUUGGGAAGAUCAAGUUCAAAGCUUUUGAUUUGGGUGGUCAUCAGAUUGCUCGUCGAGUCUGGAAAGAUUACUAUACUCAGGUGGAUGCGGUGGUGUACUUGGUAGAUGCAUUCGACAAGGAAAGAUUUGCCGAGUCCAAAAAGGAGCUCGAUGCACUCCUCUCAGAUGAGUCACUGGCCACCGUCCCAUUCCUGAUACUCGGGAACAAGAUCGACUUACCUUAUGCUGCCUCCGAAGAUGAGCUUCGCUACCACAUGGGGCUCACCAACUUCACAACAGGGAAAGGGAAAGUCAACUUGGCUGACACGAACGUCCGCCCACUCGAGGUGUUCAUGUGCAGCAUUGUCCGGAAAAUGGGGUACGGAGAAGGCUUCAGGUGGAUGUCUCAGUACAUCAAGUAGGGUUGAGGAGGGUAUUUAGUGGAAACAGAGACUGGUUUGGUUUGGUUUGGUUUCUCUGGUUGGUGGUGGAACUUUCUUAUACACUUGAAUUCGGCUUAGUGUGGUUUCUUUUGUCACUAGACAUUGUGGAUGGUACUUUCUACGUGUUAUUAUCUCGUUCCUCAUUACGUCUUGUGGUAAACAAUGUAACAUACACAUAAGUUGAAUAGAGUUUGGUUUUGCUCUAUGUCUGUGUCAUAUUCCCCAAAUAUCUGCAGUAGUUGAAGUGAUUUGUUCCCCAUAAUCUUAUGCUUCAGAUGGUGUAGGCGUCACAGCGGGCUGACACCAUCGAUCUGCAGCAAAUCUCUACUAAUGGAUGGCACCCAUCAAUGUAAUUUAUAGAUGAGAUCGUUUGACCGUCUGUGGCUAUUAUCUUUUCCAUAUAUUUGACAGAGGGAAGAGUUUCAGUAGCAAAAGAAAAAGCUGAAAGUUGG